UGUUAUUUAGCUUAGUUGGAUUAGGUAGUCAAUUAUUGAGUUGUACUUUUUGAAAUUCGUCUGUUAUUAAUUAAUUAAUUAAUUAUUUAUUAUUAACACCAUGGCUAGGGUUAUAUUUUUGAUUUUCGUUAUUUUGUUUAGUGUUUACUUAACAGAACAGACAUCAUUUUUAUCACAAGACUACAUUGAUAAAAUAAACUACGUUGCUAAAACAUGGAAGGCUGGUCAAAAUUUUCAUCCGAAUACACCGAAAGAAGCAAUUUUGAGGUUGUUGGGUUCUAGAGGAGUUGGAGCCGCUGCUAAAACAAAUGGCCCGUAUAAAACCAGCGAUACCAAGUACGUAUCGAACGACAGAAUUUACAAAACAUUUGACGCGAGAAGAUACUGGCGCCACUGCAAAACAAUGGGCGCAGUUCGCGAUCAAGGAAAUUGCGGUUCUUGUUGGGCUUUUGGCACCACAGGGGCAUUCGCAGAUAGACUUUGUGUGGCGACAAACGGAAAUUACAACCAACUCGUGUCCGCCGAAGAGCUAGCGUUCUGUUGUCAUACUUGUGGUUUUGGAUGUAAUGGAGGUUACCCGAUCAAAGCUUGGCAAUAUUUCAAGAGACACGGCGUGGUUUCCGGUGGCAACUAUAACACUACCGAUGGAUGUCAACCGUACCAAGUUCCACCUUGUCUUCACCAUCAAGAAGGAGAAGGUUCGUGUGAUAGCCAACCAAGAGAAAAGAAUCAUAAAUGCAGCAGAAAAUGUUACGGUAACGAAACUAUCGAUUACAAGAGCGAUCACGUAAAGACUAGAGACGCGUAUUAUCUUACAUUCAACUCUAUUCAGAAGGACGUGCAAGCAUACGGGCCAAUUGAAGCAUCAUUCGAUGUAUACGAUGACUUUUUGCAUUACAAAAGUGGGGUUUACGCAAAAACUGAAAAUGCAACAAAAUUAGGAGGACAUGCUGUUAAGUUGAUUGGAUGGGGAGUCGAGCAUGGUGUAGACUAUUGGUUAAUGGUCAACUCUUGGGGCUAUGAAUGGGGAAAUAAUGGACUUUUUAAAAUUAGAAGGGGCACAAAUGAAUGCGGAAUCGACAAUUCAACUACCGGAGGUGUACCUUACAUAGUAUAGAUAUAAUAUAUAUUCAUAAUAUAAUAGAAGUUAUUAAAUAAAUUGAUUUCAAUUAUCAAAUACUUACAAAUAAAAUAUUCUCAUAUAUUGAAUAAUACAUGUUUAUUCAAUGUUUAAUAAUAUUUUAGCAAACAGAUUUAUUACAUUUACUAGUGUUUAGAAUUUUUAAUUUGUGGUGUACUGAAUAAAUUUAUGAAUUUAGUUACAA